UGCCCGGUUUGGACGCAGUACAGGAAGAGAUCGGGCGGGCACCUUGACGACAGCAGCAGGCAGCUGGAGAGAUGGAAGGAUGGACCGGUGGGAAUUCUCAGGCAGGAAGAGGAGAAGCAGGAACUAACUGACGAAGAGGUGCAAUUCUCGGUUGGAUGCAGGAGUUGGCUUGAGGUUAGUGAGCGCGGAGAGGAAGGCAGGCCGCUCCCCUCACAGCCUGCCUCAGAACCCCCUCUCUAGGUCCCUGGCCUCAGUUACGUCGUGACCAGUCCAGUAAUGGAUGCCUUCGGAGGAGCUCCCCGAUUUCUCGCCUACCCUCGCACUUCUACAGUGCAAAGUGGUACCAAUGCAAUACUGAAAUGGCAGGUGGCUGGUGAGCCACGCCCCAGCAUUGCCUGGGAGAAGGAUGGCUCUGCGCUGGAGUUGCCGUCAGGCCGGAUGUUUGUGAAGGCUGAUGGAGAUGCAUACAGCCUCCUGGUCUCUCGGGCUGGCCCAGCAGACAGUGGACGCUAUGUGUGCAAAGCCAAGAACACUGUGGGAGAAACCUAUGCAGCUGCCACCCUCAAAGUGGAGACAGUAGAACUGCAACCCCCGGGAGAUCCGGACACCCAGCCUCCAGUCUUCCUGAGCAGGCCCGUCUCAGCACGGGUAACCCGGGGAGAGGAUGUGACGUUUGCUUGCAGGGUCUCGGGGCAGCUUGAGUGGGAAAAGGAUGGCCAUAAGCUGAGAGACAUCUUUGAGAGCAGCCAUUACAAAGUGAGUGCGGAGCCUGGCGACUGGCAUUCCCUGCACAUCUACAACACCCGCCUCCCAGACGCAGGGGUCUACGUCUGCCGCGCACGGGACCGCUUGGGAGAGGCUGUGGCUGCAGCAGUGCUCCUGGUGGACUCAUGUGUGCCCCAUGACGGCCCGCUUCAGAAUGCACCCCAGAACUGUCAUUUCAAGAAGCAGCCAGAGGUACAUGAUGAUAAGCCGCAGAGACAUCGCCCUGGGCAGAAUGUGAUACCGGAAGCCAGGCAGAACGGAGAAGUGUUUCCAAGCCUACCCACCAAGAAGGCCUUUACUGUGAAUGAAGGGAAGCAUGCAAAGUUUCGUUGCUAUGUAACCGGCAAGCCCAAGCCAGAGAUAGUCUGGCAGAAGGAUGGGAAGGUGCUGUCCCCCGGAAGGAGGCACCUGCUCUAUGAAGACAGGGAAGGCUACUUUAUCCUCAAGGUGCUUUACUGCACAGCAAGGGACUGUGGGCUCUAUGUGUGCACAGCCUGCAAUACGGCUGGCCAUACGCUAAGCGCGGUGCGCCUCCAUGUCAAAGAGCCUCGGCUGCGGUUCCAGAUGCCUUUGGUGGACGUGGAAGUGCUGGAGCGCCAGGAUGCCGUGCUGGAGUGUCAGGUGCCUCUGGAGACCAUCCCCACAGUGUGGUAUCUUGAAGACAAGCACCUGCAGCCCAGCCCCAAAUACCUGAUGGAGGAGCAGGGCCUGCUACGGCGGCUGACUGUGCGGGAUGCCCGGGCGGAUGACGAUGGCAUCUACUUGUGUGAGAUGGCGGGCAAGGGCCGCAGUGUCGGGGAACUCUCAGUCCGCGGUGAGGAGAUGUUGGAGAUGCCGCGGAAGCUGGAUGUCAUGGAAGGGGAGAAUGCCGCCUUCUGUGUGGAGACGCAGGAACUUGUGGAGGCAUCCAGCUGGGGCCGGAACGGGCAGGAACUCGUGGAGGCACCACACACCCUGAUUAGGAGCUUUGGCAAAACCCACCUGCUGGUCUUGGUGCAAGUGACACGGCAUGACGCAGGGGUCAUCACUUUCACAGCGGGCGAGUCACAGACUUCAGCUCAACUCCGCGUCAAAUGUGCCAAGAGGAUCCCUCCAAGUGCCCCUGUGGCGGCUAGGAUGUGUAUGGCCCACAGUAAUGCUGCUCUUCUGACUUGGUGUCCACCAUCCGAUGUGCACCGCAGCCCGCCGAGCAGCUAUAUCCUGGAGCGGCAAGCAGUUGGAGAUGCUGAGUGGGUGCCUUGCCUCACCACUGAUGUUGCCAGCACGGUUGAAGUUCCAGGUGAUGGUAUGCCACAGGAGGCUGACUACCACUUUCGUGUGUGUUCUGCCAACCAGUAUGGGUGCAGCGGGCAUGUGGAAUUUCCUGGCGCUGUGCAUCUUGUGCCCAGGGCCCAUGUGCAAAGGGGACUGCAAGAUGUUUGGGUUCACGUUGGUGAGGAUGCUAUUUUCUCAGUGGAGCUCUCAGCUGCUAUAAGUGGGAGCUGGUUCUUGAAUGGGAAAAGGUUGGAGGAGGAAGACCAGCAGUGCCAGAUCACCCAAAGUGGGGUGGAGCACACCAUGCGGAUCAGCAACGUGCAAUUAGCAGCUGUGGAGUCCAAGGUGCGAUUUGAGGCCAUUGGGGUCAAGGAAUGUGCUGUGCUGCAUGUACAAGCCCCCCAAGCACACAUCAUCACCCCAGUGCCAGAGGUCAGACGACAUCGAACACUUUUGGCUGGGAUGCCACUGGUCCUGGAAUGUGAAGUCUCUAUACCUGAUGCUACCAUUUGCUGGCUCAAAGAUGGAAACCCUGUGGCUUCGGAAGACGGUGCACUUGCUGUCCAGUCAGAAGGCAACAUUCGCAGACUGCUAAUUCCUUCAGCCUGCUCUUUGGAUUCUGGGACUUAUACAUGCAAUGCAGGGGAUGAUGCCAUCAGCUUCACUGUGACUGUGGAUGAACCUCCUGUGACAGCUGUGCAUUCCAAUGCCAGGGAGGCCCAUGCCUACCGGGCUGGAGAGCGUGUGGUGCUGGCCUGUGAACUGUGCCGCCCUGAUGCUCCUGUGCACUGGUACAAGGAUGGGAAGGUAGUGGAAGAAAGCGAGGCUGUCCUGCUGGAAAGUGAGGGGUGUCACCGUCGCUUGGUUAUUCCCUCUGCUCAAAUGGGAGACGCAGGAGAGUUUGCAUGUGACAUGGGGGGAGAUUCUGUCUUCUUCAAGGUCACUGUUACAGAACCUCCUGUGAAGAUCGUGCAUUCCAGUGCGGAGGAGGCCCAUGCCUACCGGGCUGGAGAGCGUGUGGUGCUGGCCUGUGAACUGUCCUGCCCCGGUGCUCUUGUGCGCUGGUACAAGGAUGGGGAGGAGGUGGGAGAAAGCGAGGCCCUCUUGCUGGAGAGUGAAGGCCCCCACCGCCGGCUGAUCAUUCCCUCUGCACAAGUGCAUGACGCAGGGGAGUUUGCGUGUGAUGCGGGUGGUGAUUCUGUCUUCUUCAACAUCACUGUCACAGAGCCACCUGUGCAGGUUGUGUACUCCAAUGCAGACAAAGCCCACGCCUACCAGGCCUCAGAGCGUGUGGUGCUGGCCUGUGAGCUGUCCCGCCCCAGUGUUCCUGUGCACUGGUACAAAGAUGGGGAAGAGGUGGAAGUGGGUAAGGACCUUCUUCUGGAGAAUGAAGGAUCCCACCACCGACUGGUCAUCCCCUCAGCUCGGGUGCAAGACACAGGAGAAUUUGUGUGUGAUCCUCAUUUUCCAUUUCUCUCUCUCUCUGAACCUGUGCAGGUUGUGUACUCCAAUGCAGACAAAGCCCACGCCUACCAGGCCUCAGAGCGUGUGGUGCUGGCCUGUGAGCUGUCCCGCCCCAGUGUUCCUGUGCACUGGUACAAAGAUGGGGAAGAGGUGGAAGUGGGUAAGGACCUUCUUCUGGAGAAUGAAGGAUCCCACCACCGACUGGUCAUCCCCUCAGCUCGGGUGCAAGACACAGGAGAAUUUGUGUGUGAUGCAAGCGGUGACUCCAUCUUCUUCAAUAUUACUGUUACAG